GCGGGGGCAAGUGUCAGUCAGGUCCGGAGCGCUGCUGGGGCCCGCCGAGACCGCACCGGCAGGCAGGGGCCCGGGCCGCUGCGGUGCUGUCCUCCCAAGAUGGAGUUCCUCCUGGGGAACCCGUUCAGCACCCCAGUGGGGCAGUGCCUCGAAAAGGCAACAGAUGGCUCCCUGCAAAGUGAGGACUGGACAUUGAACAUGGAGAUCUGCGACAUCAUCAAUGAAACAGAGGAAGGGCCAAAGGAUGCCAUUCGAGCUCUGAAGAAGCGGCUCAAUGGAAACAGGAACUACAGAGAAGUGAUGCUGGCAUUAACAGUGCUGGAGACGUGUGUGAAGAACUGUGGCCACCGCUUCCACAUCCUUGUGGCGAACCGAGAUUUCAUCGACAGUGUUCUGGUCAAAAUCAUCUCUCCCAGGAACAACCCUCCCACCAUUGUACAGGACAAAGUGCUUGCUCUGAUCCAGGCGUGGGCUGAUGCCUUUCGAAGCAGUCCUGAUCUUACCGGCGUUGUGCACAUAUAUGAGGAGUUGAAGAGGAAAGGGGUUGAAUUUCCCAUGGCAGACUUGGACGCUCUGUCUCCCAUUCACACACCACAGCGGAGCGUCCCUGAAGUGGAUCCAGCUGCAACCAUGCCCAGGUCCCAGUCGCAGCAGAGGACAAGCACCAGCUCCUAUUCCUCGCCUCCUCCUGCUCCCUACUCAUCUCCGCAGGCCCCGGCUCUGAGUGUGACUGGCCCCAUCACGGCCAAUUCCGAACAGAUUGCCAGGCUGCGGAGUGAACUGGACGUUGUCCGAGGAAACACGAAAGUUAUGUCCGAAAUGUUAACAGAAAUGGUCCCUGGGCAGGAGGACUCGUCUGAUCUGGAGCUGCUGCAGGAGCUGAACAGGACCUGCCGGGCCAUGCAGCAGCGCAUCGUGGAGCUCAUCUCCCGUGUGUCCAAUGAAGAGGUCACCGAGGAGCUGCUGCACGUCAAUGAUGACCUCAACAAUGUUUUCCUCCGAUAUGAGAGAUUCGAACGAUACAGGUCGGGCCGAUCAGUUCAAAAUGCCAGUAAUGGAGUACUGAAUGAAGUGACUGAAGACAACUUAAUAGACCUGGGGCCGGGCUCUCCAGCUGUGGUGAGCCCGAUGGUGGGGAGCACGGCGCCCCCAUCCUCCCUCUCCUCCCAGCUUGCAGGCUUGGACUUGGGGACAGAGAGCGUCAGUGGCACCCUCAGUUCACUCCAGCAAUGUAAUCCCCAUGAUGGCUUUGACAUGUUUGCCCAGACGAGAGGGAACUCCUUGGCUGAGCAGCGCAAGACAGUAACCUAUGAGGAUCCCCAGGCUGUAGGAGGACUCACUACUGCACUAGACAGUCGAAAACAGAGCUCAGAAAUGAGAGGUAAAGGUGGGGACUCUGACCUGGAGCCUAUAGACAGCUGGCUCAUAACCCAAGGAAUGAUCCCCGUUGCGCAGCCCUCUGUCAUGGACGACAUUGAGGUGUGGCUCAGGACGGACCUGAAGGGUGAUGACUUGGAGGAGGGCGUCACGAGUGAAGAGUUUGACAAAUUCCUUGAAGAAAGAGCCAAAGCUGCUGAAAUGGUUCCUGACCUGCCCUCACCCCCGGUUGAAGCCCCCUCCCCAGCCUCAAACCCCUCUGGCCGGAAGAAGCCAGAACGGUCGGAGGAUGCCCUCUUCGCCUUGUGAGGUGUCUGUGGUUUGCCUUCCCAGAUGGCAGUCACCACUCACUCCCCCGGUGGACACCAGGCACUGGCCACUCCUCCUAUCCCCAAGCCCCAUGUGGCCUGCACACCUGUGUCUCCGUGGAAAUGCCACUGUGUUUGCUCCCAGGCCUCCCACUAGUCAGGACCAGCUUUAGCCACCUUCUUUUCUCUGGGUGAUGGGACAGCGUGGCUGCAGCCAGAGGCCCUUCCUCCCCUCCCCCACAGGCUCCCUGUGCCUGUGUUUCCUCCCAGGAAGAGCAGCAGAGUGGGCAGCCCCAGGCAGGACAGCCUCCUUGGCACUGUUUGCUGAGCAGUCCCCCUCAACUGCCUUCCCUGCAGUCACCCGCCCAUGGAGAAGGGGGGCAGGCCCGGCCCCUCCACAUGUGCGUUGCCUCUUCCUGGCUCAGCAGAGCUGCUUGGGCGUGCCUGCCCUCCUGUGCCCCUCUCUUCCAGAAAGGGCCUUGUGCUGCCGCAUCUGGAAGAGCAGGGCUUGGUUGCUCCCACAGGCUUGGUCUCCUUGUGUCAUCUUGUGGCACUUGGCAUGUCGGCACUUUGGAAGGCUCAGUGGGGUGCCCAUGUGUGGGCCUCUCACCUUUUUGACCUUCUCUCUUUCACUCAGUUGCCAGCCCAGGCCCUGUGCCUGAGCUGACCCAGUGCUGAGCCUGGGACCAAGGGGCCCCAGGUGGACCUGCCCGCUUCUGGUGUGGGGAGAGAGCCAUGGGCAGUUGGGAGGGCAGCAUGCAACCUGGGGACAGCGGGCACGUAGCACUCUGGUGGGAUAACACUACCGUAAACCACACUGCACGUUCACACCACGUACAUUUGGCCCUGGCUUGUGGAGGGGGCUUGCUUGGAAAGGCACUGCGGGUUUGUGAGCAUGCCACACUUGGGGCUUGGCCUGGCCUGUGGUAGCCUCUGCAACUCUACCUCCAGGGCCCAGCAGCAGACAGCUUUGCGCCAUGCUUGGAGGUUCCAGAUGACUAAGUUGCCAGAGCAACACUAAGGCUCCUGCGCUGCUCCCUGGCAUGGGCCUCAGCCUCCUCACACAGACUGUCCAGACCGCCUGACCUCUUCCCUCUUCAGAUGUCCCCUGGCCACCAAUUUGCACCCUCUCCACAAGCCGACCUUGAAGGCUGAAGAGCCUGGGGCCCAGGUGGUGGUUGGUGACACCUGCUCCUGUCACAUGUCCUCACUGAUGUGUCUCCUGGCUGUGGGCAAGGGACUUAUGGCUCUACCCAAGUCCUGGUUCAGCCAGCAACUGUCCCAUUCUGCUGUUGCCCAGAAGGAAAAUGCUGCUGCUACUGCAGCUGUGUCACACCACCUGUGAGUCUUGGGAGCCCACUCGCUGGGUCUGAGUCUGCUCCUGUCUCCUCCAGCUUGCACUGCCCAGGCCACCACAUGUUCCCGACCCAUGGUGAGGUCAGCCCUUUCCACCUGGUAGGAGUGCCAGCCUGAGCAGGUAGAAGAGGCUUGGCUUCUCGCAAGAAGGCACUGGGAAACAUUUGUGACUGGGACUACAGGUGGAGCCAUGCUGAGCUGCAACAGGAGCAAUUCCAGUGGGGAGUGGGGCACUGCCUGGCCCAGAGCCCCAUACUCAGUCUAGCACCCCUCCAGCUUGGUCUACCUGGGGCCCAUCUGGCAGGACCAG